ACAGACAUGGUGUAGGAGCUAGGAGCUACCUCCCACGACGACUGGACACAGAUCCUCGGAUUUAUCACCACGCGCUCUCCUCGCUCCUUGUACUGUCAUCCGAGAGCAAUGGCUCGACGCGCUCAGUCGGCGCCUACAACCCACCUUACCACAACAGACCCCUCGAAGACCACAGCAGACCUCGUCGGCCUGGGUCACCUUCCAUCUCCCAGGAGCGACGUCUUCAACGAAAGCACGAAGAGGAAAUGGCCACAAGAUCUCCAUGAUCUCCCGCCUUGUGAGCCGGUAUCAAAGAAGGCGUGCCUGUUAUCGAGCACGAUACGAACUCCGUACUACGAGUUCGAAAAUAGCAACAGCGAGUUCGGUGCGGAUAUCUGUUGGGGUGACUACUUUGGUCAGUGGCCACCGAUGGAGGCACCCAGAGGCCGUUCUAGUCUAUUGGGCAAGAAGCGACCGUUUCCACAGUUAAGGUCGAACAGCUAUAGUCAGAGUGUAAGAGACGGGGAAUCUCCACAAGCCUGGACACGGCAGCACGAUGAGGAGAUGGAAGAAGCUGGACUGGUUAUGGACGAAUAUCAGACUCAGUCCGCCAUUACUAGCGCCUGCCAGCGUCUCUGCGACGACCUGAAGGAGAGAGACUAUUCUCCUCCUCGCGGUCCUUCAUUCGGGAGAGACCGGCUUCUGAAGAUGCGCAACUUAGUCCGGUUCCGAAAUAAGGCUCGAGUGGUCAGAGACAUUACGCCCCUUAUCGUACCUUCUCCGGAAUUGCUUAGUAUUGACGGCUAUCCUGGUAUGGAUCAGAUGAGCGAGGCAAUAAAUGCCGAGUGGACACAGUGUGACACGAUUUAUGGUCCGCGGCCGAAGCCCGACUUCGCUAUUGGCAUAUCGUCCUCCGCCUUUACCAGAGAUGAGGAGGAGAAGCUUAUGUUAAGCCAUACGAGCGCUUGCCCGAAUCUCUGGCCCGAGAACAUGUAUUACCCAUUCCUAAUAUGCGAAGUCAGAGAUAGCGACGGGCUAAUACAAGAAGCGGAGCGACAGUGUAUGCACAGCGCUAGCAUCGCCGUUCGAGCCGUCGUCCAGCUAUACCAAAAUAUCUCUGCUGCCAAUGAGGUUGACCGGAAGAUCCUCGCGUUCUCGGUUGCGCACAAUGACACUACAGUCAAUAUCUUCGGCCACUUUGCCACAGUCGAAGAGCAGAAGCUGACGUUCUUUCGUUGCCGUUUGUAUUAUGGUGAUCUCCCCGCCGAUUUUGCCAAGCCGUAUAAUAUCAUUCGCGCAAUUUACGACGUGUUUUUCCCUCGGCACCUAGCGAGAAUCAAAAGCGCCCUGGACAGAAUGCGAGUUCGGGCACUGGAGUCCUUCACUUCGCAGCUUGACAUCGACGAGGACUCUCAGGAAAUUGCCGCCAGUCAGCCUUCUUCGCAGGAGCAAGGAAAAUUCAAGAGGCCCUCACUUCCCUCGACGGACAGGAUACAGCAAGAGAACGAUAGAUUGCGAGAUCAAAUUUCUGUCGUGCUACGUGAGAAGCAGCAAGAAAGGGAAGAUUUCAUGAAAGAGUUACGGGAGCGGAGGGAGGAAAUGGAGCGUCAGUUGGCCCGGCGGGAGGAGGAGUCACGCGAGCGGAGGGAGCAAAUGGUGCGUGAGCAGCAGCUUCGAAGGGAAGAUCACAUGAAAGAGUUACGGGAGCGGAGGGAGCAAAUGGAGCGUCAGUUGGCCCAGCAGAGGGAGCAAAUGGAGCGUCAGUUGGCCCAGCAGAUUGAGGAGUCACGCGAGCAAAACACCAUGAUGGAGGAGUCACUGGCCCAGCAGACUGAGAUCAUCACGCUCUUGAAAGAAAGCAUAGCAAAGUAAUAUGUUGCCUGACUACUACGUAGCAUGAAUGCUAAGAUACGUGUUAAAUCCCACCUUUUGAAC